GUAAAUCCGUAUCUCCAUUCUUUGUGAGAGCGCCCAAACUGCUCUUUUAAGGCUAUCGCCCCUCUGUUUGGAUUCCCAUCUUCCAUUCCCACUCUUCUUCAAUUCCUCUCCAUUCCCAUCCCUAAUUGAGAACUACAUGGCAACAGUGCUUAAAGAAGAGGCGUUUGAGAAGGAGGAGAGUCUGAAGGUUGCUGAGAUGGAAAAGAUGGUUAAGGGAGAGAAGGCUGAGGAGGGGAAGGAGGAGAAGGCAGUGGAGGAGGUGAGGGCAAAGCUGGAGCAGCACAAAGUGGAGGAGGCCAAAGUGGUGGUCGAGGGAGAUCAGAAAGCCAAAGGCAAGGAGGAAGUGGGGGAGAAUGUUAAGAUGGAUAUCGAACCCAAGACCGGAGUCUCCUUCCCAGUGAAGCUGGGAGAUGGGCAGCAGCUGAACGCAGUGGGUUGUAGGAAGAAGAAGAUCCUAGGCCUCGGUGUCAAUAUCUAUGCCUUUGGUAUAUAUGCCGAUAAUGCUAUGCUGAAGGAGCUUCUUAAAACAAAGUUUAGCAAGAAUCCAGAAAAUCCUACCAAAGAAUUGUACGAGGCAGUGAUUGACAGCGAUAUCUCAAUGACGGUCAGGUUGGUAUUAGUCUUUAGAGGCCUCACCAUGAGCCUCGUGAAAAAGAACAUGGAUGAUGGCCUUGCGGCAUCAAUUAAGAAGCUUACUGGUGGUCAAAAGAAUGAGGCUCUCACUAACAAGAUCAUGGCUGAUGCAGAUAAUAGAAUCAAGCUACCCCCGGGGUCGGUUAUCGAGAUAACAAGGCUACCUGGAUAUGUUCUCCAAACAAAAGUGAGGGAUGAGUUAGUUAGCAAGGUGGAGAGUGAGCUGCUGUGCAGAGCCUACUUUCAUAUGUAUUUGGGAGAUGAUCCAUUUGACAUGGAGGCUAAAGAAAGAUUUGGAAAAUCCAUGCUCUCUCUUUUCUGAGAUCCGGUUAGAUGUUCUAUCUGAAGAGAGAACAGAGAAAUAAGUUCUUAUGUUAUUCUCUCAGAAUUACUGGUCCCUGGUGGUGAAGGGGCUAUAAUAAUUCGAACAUUGUCGAAUGUGGCAUCCUAAUUCAGAGAAUAAUUUCACUUCGCGCAUGUCCUACUUGGUACUUGCAAGUAUAGGAAAAUAAGAUAGAGAACCUAAGGUGCCUUUCUCCUACUACAAGGACAAGUUAUUUAUGUAAGUAAAAUUAAAGGAAACAGCGCCUGUUGUGCCAGCAUAGAAAAUCAUGGCUUGGAAAAUGAAGAUUGUUGCAGAAAAAUCUACUAUAUUUUCA